ACUAAAGAGCAAGCACUUUUAGUAGCAAAAUGUCUCUCGUGCUGUAUCGGUAAACUAUGUUACAUGAAUGGCCAACUGAAAGAAGGGAGAAGUUAUCUUGAAAUGUCCAUCAAAAUCAAAGAAGCUUUCUGUAUUGAAGGUGACCAUUUAGUCGAACGUAAUAUUCUUGGGGAGAUUCUUUACGAACUUGGAGAUUUUAAAGGAUCAAAAUUAUGCUUUCAACAAGCACUUGGACGCCGAUCUUGUGAUUUUGACAAUAUAAAAGAAAAUGUUGGUUUACACCUGCGAGCACUGACAAACCUUGGGAAGACACUUUCCAAAGACGUGAGAGAAAAACAGGAAGCUGAGCGAUAUUUGAAAGAAGCACUUGCAGUCCUUGAAAAGUUGACACUAGAUAUUCCAUUUGCAGGGCGAAUAUUGAACAAUAUUGCACUGGUGUACUUUUAUCUUGGGAAUUACACACAAGCAAAGUCAUUUAUUGAAAGGGCGUUCUCCAUUGACAGGAUUAAGUACGGUGAUAAUAAUCCAUUUUUGGCUCAGAGAAACAGUGACCUUGCAAUAGUUCUACGAGAAUUAGGAGAAUACCGCGCAGCUGAAGAAUACUUACGAAAGGCAAUUUCGGUGGUAUCACGUUAUGACGAAAAUAGCCCCUAUUUAUCAACAUACUAUGGCAAUCUUGGUAAUGCGCUAAAUGAUCUCAGACUGUAUGAUGAAGCAAAGAGAUGCUUGAUUAGAGCAAUUGCUAUUGACGAAGAUAUGCAUACCGACAGCCAUCCAAAAUUAGCCUUACAUUUGAAUAAUCUCAGUUCGGUGUUUCAAAAUCUCAGACAGUACGGGGAAGCAAAGAAGUGUAUGGAAAGAGCACUUGCUAUUGACGAACGUGUUUACGAUGAAAACCAUCCAACAUUAUCCUCAGAUUUAAACAACCUCGGUAUGCUGCUUCAAAAUCUAGGACAGUAUGAGGAAGCAAAGAAAUUAAUGGAAAGGUCGGUUGCUAUUGACGAACUUGUAUAUGAAGAAGAUCAUCCAACAUUAGCCUCACAUUUAAACAACUUCGGUACGGUGCUUCAAAAUCUAGGACAGUAUGAGGAAGCAAAGAAAUUAAUGGAAAGGUCGGUUGCUAUUGACGAACUUGUAUAUGAAGAAGAUCAUCCAACAUUAGCCUCACAUUUAAACAACUUCGGUACGGUGCUUCAAAAUCUGCGACAGUAUGAGGAAGCAAAGAAAUUAAUGGAAAGGUCGGUUGCUAUUGCCGAACGCGUAUAUGAUGAAGACCAUCCAACAUUAGCCUCAUAUUUAAACAACCUCGGUAUGGUGCUUCGAAAUCUACGACAGUAUGAGAAAGCCAAGAAGUGCAUUGAAAGAGCAGUUGCUAUUGACGAACGUGUAUAUAAUGAAAGCCAUCCAACAUUAGCCAUACAUUUAAACAACCUCGGUAUAGUGCUUCAAAAUCUAGGACAGUAUCAGGAAGCAAAGAAGUUAAUGGAAAGGUCGGUUGCUAUUGAUGAACGUGUUUAUGACGAAAACCAUCCAACAUUAGCCAUACAUUUAAACAACCUCAGUUCUGUACUACGAGACAUCAGACAGUAUGAGGAAGCAAAAAAGUGCAACAUUAGCUGAGCACUUAAAUAACCUCUGGCGUUAAAUAACCUGUGGCGUUUAUAGAUCUGGGACAGUACUGGGAAGCAAAUAGGUGCAUGGAAAGAGCGCUUGCCAUUGCUGAAUGUACAUAUGAUGUUGACCAUACUGUCCGUCAACAAUUUUUACAAAACCGAUAAGACUUUGCAUGUAUACCUUCCAAUUAUUUAAAAUUGUAAUCUAGUUUUGAACCGAUAAGUUUCCUUUUAAAAAGUCAAGGGUGCUUUUUUGAUGUAUAGUAUGGUCUUUUUCUCAAUAUACCAGUAAUGCAGUACCAA